UUACCAGGAUAUUUUCGACCCUGAAGAGAUCACAUAUUUACCGCCAAGAGCUGCACGACCUUGUCAUUUAGCGCAGAGAGAAAGACCGAGCACUCAGGAAGAAGAGUCACUGUCUACAGGGAAAAGAGGGACGACCUGAAUUUAGCCUGAAAAAGCAACAGAUCCGGACAGAAGGAGUGAGACUUGUGCUCAGAGGAGGAGCUGCUGUCCCAGGGCUGGCCCCUGCUCUGCAGCAGCUCCGUGCACAGGCGUGUGCGAGUGUGUUUGUGUGUAUGUGAGGACGUGAUGAGAGCACGGGGAGAGGCUGAGGCUCGGGGAGGAGCGAGCAGAAUCGGCCGAAGACUCUUAGGUCUCGGUGAGGCGCAGGCAGCCUGCUGGAGCACAGGACUCGAUUAAACGGGACAAAACCCACACACUCGCUGGUAGAGUGUAUUUUCCCUCCGACAGGGCAAAGUAGGGGGGGCAACUUUGGUCAUUUGUUUUUAUAUCUCUAUCUCCUGAGCAGCUGCGUAAAGGACCAGCAUCACUGGCACCAUGAGUCGAUGGCUUAAGUGCACCUCCAUGUACUUCAACACCGACUGGAAUAAGUAUGAUGACAGGCUGAUGAAGGCGGUUGAAAGAGGAGAGGUGGACAAGGUGUCAGCUGUCCUCAGUAAGAAAGGCAUCAUCCCCACCAAACUAGACGUAGAGGGCCGCUCUGCUUUUCAUCUUGCUGCCACUAGAGGACAUUUGGACUGCCUUAGUGUCAUCCUCGGUCAUGGUGUUGAUGUCACAGCCAGUGAUGCCACAGGAAAAAAUGCCUUACACUUAGCAGCCCGGAAUGGACAGGCGUUGUGUGUACAGAAGCUUCUACAGCAUAACUGUCCUGUUGGAAACGUGGACCUGCAGGGAAGAACAGCCCUGCAUGAUGCUGUCAUGGCCGGCUGCACCUCCAGUGUUAAGCUGUUGUGUGACAGUGGGGCUUCAGUCAACGCUAGUGACUUUGACGGGAGAACUCCACUGGUGCUGGCCACUCAGAUGUGUCAUCCCCGUAUCUGUCAGCUCCUGCUGGACCGAGGAGCUGACAUCCGAGUGCGCGACAAGCAGAACAAAACCGCCUUGAUCCUGGGAUGUGAAUUUGCCUGUAAGGACGCUGUAGAGGUUUUGUUGAAGAGCGGAGCUGAUAUCACUGCUGUGGACAGCUCCGGCCAUGACAGCUAUCACUAUGCCCGACUCAGCAAAAACCCAGAGCUCAUCAGCCUUAUCAAGAGCUAUCUGGAUAAUAUGAAAGCAAAAGAAGCUAGCAGGGUGGAACUGAAGAAGAGACAGCUGUCUGUGGAUGUGACCCCUGAGACAUCACCUAACAGGGAUCAGAUUAUUCAUGAUCUUGAGAAGCAGAAUGAGAGCCAGCAGGAGACUCUGAGGAAGUAUCAUCAGGAACAGAGGGCUCUACUGGACAAAGUCAGUAUGCUGCAACAGCAGCUCAGUCAGGAGAAGUCGAUGGUGGAGGACAUUCACAAAGAGAGGGAGCAACUGAAGCGCAUGCUGUCUGCCAGAGAGAAAGAGACUACAGCUACAGAGACUGUGAAGGUUCAGCUCCGGAGCCAUCUGGGAGAUUACUCAGGCCAGUCUGUGAUUAAAGGGAAAGAUACUAUUCUUGUCAGACAAGCUCAGAGUCUGGAUUCAGCUCAGGUUUUGCAGCCUUCUGUUCCAUCUCGCUCUGUAUCCCGACCCUUAGAGCUCUCUCACCCAGUGAUUGCAGCCCCUAAUGAGGUGGAGACGUUACGUCAGGAGCUAAGGUCCACCCGUAAGCAGCAGGAGGCUGCACAGGAAGAAGUAGGACGCCUCCAGGUGGCACUUGCACGAAAGACCAAGGAGUGUGAAGAACUGGUUCAGAGUCGAGACGCCACCAAACGAGAAGCAGAUCAGCAGAUUCAGGAGCUAGAGGGGGCAUUGGGAGACGUCCAAAAGAGGAUGCUGGACUCCGAAGCUAAGGUCAAGCAGCUGCAGGCACAUGUGAUCACAGUAAAGGAGCAUCUUGGCAACCAAAUGUUAGACGACCUCAAAGCUCAGCUCAAUGAGGUGAAGGUUAAAUAUGAAGGUGCGUCAGCUGAAGUCGGCCGGGUCAGGAAUCAUUUGAAGCAGAGUGAGAAAGCUCUGGAGGAAUAUAAAAAGAGUGAAGCUCUCUUGGCUGAAGAGGUCGAGAAGCUGACAGCUGAGCUUAAUGCAAUGAAAGAAGAGCGUGAUGAGAUGGCUGAGACUCUCGUAGAAAUGGAGGCUCGUGUUAAAGAAACAGAGAAACGCCUGGUCACCAUGGUGCCUGGAGAGAAGUUCGACAACAUGAAGAACCUUCUGACUAAUGCGGUGGAUGAAAAGGAGAGGCAGCUGGUGGAGCUGCGGGAGGAUUACGAUCGUGUUCUAGAGGAGGUGGCUGAGCUCCACAGGGAGGUGGACCACAGGGACACUAUCCCCCUUCAGGAGCAUGAGAGACUCAGAGUCACUCUUGAGGAACAGAGUGAUAUCCUGAAGAAAAAACUGGCAGAUGUCACUUCUAAAUGUCAGUCGCUGAUCUGCGAGGUUGAGGAUGGUGAAGAUGAGAGGGAGCUGCUUAGAGAAGAGCUGCACGAGCUCAGCAAGAACCUCCAGACACAGUUUGUUCCUGUUGAGACUCAUGAGGGAUUGAAGAACGCUCUGAAUCUUGCUAUGGAGGAGCUUAAGGACCAGCUUGAUGAGACAAAUGAGAGGAGAAAUCAUGCUGAGGAGCAGUUGAGGAGGCUCCAGGAGGAGAAGGCCUCUCUGGCUGAAAACAUGAGCAGCCUGAAGAGCACUCACAUACCCAACGAAAGGUAUGAAAGUGAGGUUGCUGCACUUUUGGCCCAUAAAGCAGGGAUGGAAAAGGAUCUAGAGAAUCUCCAGAGGAAGUACAAAGAUAAAGAGAAGGAACUUGAGGUUAUGGCAACUGAGAACAUUGCACUGAAACAGAACUUAGAGGGAGAGUUUGUUAAAAGAGAAAUGUAUGAGAAAGUGCAGAAAGAGUUACAUGAAGCUUUGGAGAAAGCUAAGGCUGAAAUUCACAAAUUAGAGGAAGAUGGAAAAGUUAAAGAGGAUGAGUUGAAGAAGGUGAAAGAGGGAAGCGCUAUGUUAAAAGAAAAUCUACAGGAGAAAUUAGAAAAGGACUAUAUCAGCAUUGUUGACCAUGAGGCAAUAAAAAGCCAGCUAAACAGUGCUUUAGCUGAAGCAGAAGGAAGUGCCAAAGAGGCCUUUUCCAAAUAUGAGUCUAUUCAAGAAGGUACUUUAAAACUUCACAAAGAAAUUGAAGCCCAGAAGAAAGAGCUGGACACUAUUCAUGAAGCCAUUCAAUCUAAAUUUGUGCCAGUGAGUGUUCUGGAGGAAAAAGAAAAGGCCUUCAAUGCCACUGUGAAGGAUCUAAGAGAGGAGCUAGCAAAAAUGGAGGAGAAAUACAAAAGUGCAAAGACUGAUGUGGAACUUGAGAGACAAGACAAAGAGACUGUGAAAUUAGAGAUGGAAUCUGUGCAGAAGAGACUGGAGGCUAACCUGUUCUCCAGUGAAAAAUACAGAGAAAUAGAAGAUGACUAUAAAGGCCAGAUGGAGAACUUGAGUCUAAAGUUAGUGGAACUGGAACAGCAGUACAUGGAGGUAACUGUUCAGAGAGCUGAACUGGAGGAACAGAACUCGCUCUGCAAUACUGAAAUGAAGAACCUCCAACAGCGUCUAGAAAAUGAGUAUGUUCAUCUUGAGCAGUUUGAGGCCAUGAGGUGCUCGCUGACCUGCAGUUUGCAGGAGGCACAGGCCGAGUGCAAGAGCCUCAAUGAGGCCUACGAUUUGGAGGUCCACCGCAUCCAAGACCUGGAGAAAGAGCUGCAGAGCCACAGAACUGAUGCUGAUCUACUGGUUCAACACAGCCAUGCCAGAGAGGCCCUGGAGCAAGAAGUGGCCAAGCUCCGUUUGGCCCUGAGGGAAGAAGAGGAGACCAGUGCCCAGAGGGCUGAGGACGUAGCCACUCUGCAGACAGAGCUCCUUAGGGCAACACAUGCCUUGGAUGAUCUUCGCAGCCAUGAAGGUCAGUUGUGUGAGCUCAAAGCUGAGAAGCAGAGGCUGGAAGAGGAGGUAGGGGAGCUCAGUGAUCGGCUCUUGGGUUUAGAAGAGCAGUGCGAGGAACUAUACCAGGAAGCAGCCCAGGCCAAAGAAGGCGAGAAUAGAGCAAGGAUGGAGACGGAGGCCCUGCAGACCAAGAGCACCUCAAUUGAGAAAGAGAUCCAAGAUCUGAAAGAGAGAUACGAUGACUCGUUGAGCACCAUCGGUGACCUCCAGAAAAGGAUCCAGACUUCCUCAGAACAGACUGAGGCCAAAGACAAAAGGAUUACAGAGCUGCUGGCAGAUGUAGAGAGGUUGAAACAGGCUCUCAAUGGCCUGUCCCAGCUGGCUUACACUGGCAACACUCCCAACAAGAGACAUGCUCAACACAUUGACACACUCCAGGCGCAGGUCAAGAGCCUCCAGCAGCAGCUGGCUGAUGCUGAGAGGCAACACAGAGAGGUGGUUUCAAUUUAUCGAACUCAUCUUCUCAGUGCUGCACAGGGUCACAUGGAUGAAGACGUUCAGGCAGCGUUGCUGCAGAUUAUCCGAAUGAGGCAGCAGUUUGUGUGUUAAACCUGGCCUAGAGACACACUCUGACUCAAAUCCACUUUAGCCACUGAAGGUGUGCAGUUAGAAAACAAGGAUCAGUCAAAAAGCAUCAAAGAUAUUAGAAAUCUCACUAAUCACAGAUCGGGAUAAGUAUCAUAGGUCUUAGGAGUAGCAUUUGCAGGACUGAUUGAAAGAACUACAGUACUUUACUCCUGCGUACUAUAAUCAGUGAAUAGGUGAAUAGGAGAAAAAAGGUAGUAAACUGUAGGGUUCUUUGUCACUGGGGUGAUGCACUUUUUUACCUUUAUCUUUUACCUGGAAAGCUGCAAGUGUACCUUUAAAUUAUAACCCUUGAAGCUAAUUAAUGGUACAAGAGUGGUCUUUAAUAACAGCCUUCUAUUUUAAGUUAUUUUUAAAGGUAUCAUACAUUCAUGUUACUGCGUAAAAGAUACUGCCAGUACAAAAGUUGUAGAAGAAGAAGACUUGGAAUGAAGAGUUUACUACUUUUUUUUCUGAGUGUUCUUCCUGAUGGUUAUAAAUAUAAUGUUUAAGAAAUGUCUAGGAGGAAUAAUUGAGUGGUUCGAUAUUUGGUGUUGAAGGUUUGCUUUGGAAACACAAUGGAAAGGCCCAGGGGAGGAAAAAGAAUCCGUUUCUGAAACCUACUUCCUGCAGUGUGUGUCCCCCAAGCUGCAGUGCAUUGAGGGAUUUAUUCUACUUAUUCUACACUAUGUUUUCAGAUUUAUGAAACUCAGUAUCCUUUCCUUCUAUAUACAUAUAGAGAGAGCUACAUUUUUAGAUAUCUUUUUAUAGAAAACUGGUUAGGGAGCAGGUCUCCUACUCUUUCUUUCUUUUUUUUUUUUUGUUUUUGUCAGGCACAAAAUGUAAGAUCCAAGUGAUUUGACCCAUGCUCAAAAGGAGCCGUAAUUUAGAUUAGACUUGAUCACGUUUAGCUCACUGAUGAUGUGGUAGCCAGCUGUGCGUUCAUGGAUUUGAGUCAGCGAGUGUUACUGGUGCUGGGUGACACAGGACACAGCCUGGAUAUCUGCUCCUGUUGCCUGGAUGAUGCUGCCCUCUUGUGGUGUGACUUGGCUGGCCAAGUUUUGAUGACAUAAAUAGCUCUUUGUGGUUCGUUUUAUUGUAUAGCUGCAGAUGUGAUGCAUUUGCGAUAAUUUUUUUUUCUUGGUGCUUCCAAAAUCUGAUAUUUUUUAUCAGGGCUUUGUACUACUUUUGAUUAAUGGUCACCAUGUUUAUGGUAAUACUAUUCAGCAGGACUGGACUAGAAUGACACUAUACCUAUUCAUUGUACUUUUUCAUUGUAUUAAUGUCUUUUCCCCUCUUCUGAAAUAGUACAGUGCAUUUAGAAGCCACUAGCUGACCUUUAGCUGUAGCACUGACAUUAACAAAACAUAACGACAGCAAGUUUAUUAGCACAUAUUAACUGCGCUCCUAUGCUAAUUGGCUAUGCUGAUAAUUUAUUGCAUAAAAAGGGCUACUGAUUUUUACUAACUUAUAUAAACUGAGGUUUUUAGUUCUGUAUAGACAAUGCCAAAUCUUACAGGAUGUGCCUAAUCAUCUAAAUUCUACUAUUUGAUCUUCAGGUAGCUUGCUUUCUUGUUUUUUUUUUUUCAAAAUUAUAUUCUUUUUUGCUUUUUUUGUUUUAUUUUAAACAAUAGUUUUAAGCAAUUCUAACAUAAAUAAAAGUGCCUGCUUUAGACUAAAAUGUCUCAGUGUGUUAAUUCAGUGGGUUGCCCAUCAGGAGAAGUGUAGAAAAUUUUCUUUCUUUUCUAAUUUUUUUUUUAAUCCCAUCCUUGCAGACCCCCUUGACCAAGUCCAUCUGCACAUAAACUUAGUUAGCUCCAUUUCCCAAAAUAUAAACAAAUUAAUAAUUUAAACCACCGUGACCCUGACCACAAUAAAGUAGUUACUGAGGGUGAAUGAAUGAAUGAAUGUAGUGAAUGUGUUGUGCUGCACGAGCCCCCAGUAUGCUCCCAUGCCUUUAUUCGUCCCAUGAGCAUAACCAAGUAUAAUAUUAGGUAUAAAUAAAUUUCACUUUUGGGAUGCGGGAUGAUUAGUAGUGUAAGCAGUUAAUAUAAGCAAAAUGGGGAUUUUAGUGUAGUCUAUAUUAUUUAUUAUUAUAAUGAUCAUUUAUGACAUUACUGAAAUUUAUACACAUGAUAAUGUUGAGGAAACUUAUCUGUGCAGGUCACCAAAGCUGUGCAAAGCAAGGGCUUGUAGGAGCCUGGAUCAUUCUGACUUGUAUUUUCCACUCCUCAGCUGUCCAGUUUUGAUUGUGCCCAAAGCAAAUGCAGGUUUUUUUUUUUUUACCCCAACGUUGGUGCGAGGUCUGCUUUGUAUGUGGUUCUCACCUGUAUCUUUCUUAGACGUGCUGAGCCACAAGCAGUGUUUGUGUUUUGGAAGAUGUUUGAAAGAUGCCAGAACUGACAAAUGUUGACCUAGUGCCAACUUUGUUCUGUAAUCAAAUUUGCUAAGGUUGCUUUUGCCUUUCAGGGCUCAACUGAACCCUAACCGUUGCUAGACAUGCUCGCCUGCUUGAUUUAUUCCACAUUUUGGAAUGUACAUUUUGUGGGAUUGUACCUAAUAAACUGGCAACUUGG